UAUAGUAUAAGCAUUAUUUGCGAGGGCUUUUCCAGGUUAAGGCAAAAGGGUAUACCACUUUCACACAGCUUCUCCACUAUACUUGCAAAGAAAUAUCCAAAUACAGUAGCUGCAGACAGUGGCAGAUGAAGUACGCCUGCUGAGAGAGAUCUUCACUUUCUGCCUCAGAAUAUAUAUGAAGCUGAGCUUCAAUAUGGAUCACUCUACUCAUUAGUUUUGAAGUCCAAAGAAGUAAAAUUUUGGAAGAACAAGACCAAGAGUUCCAUGGAAGGAAACUUUCUGACCAGAAACACGCAUAAUAAAGGGGACAGGUUUGGGUUUGAGGAGCAUUCAUGGCCUGCUAGAAACUAUGCUUGUAGCUUUUGCAAGAGAGAGUUCAAGUCUGCUCAAGCCUUGGGUGGCCACAUGAAUGUUCACAGAAGGGAUAGGGCAAGAUUGAGAUCUUGCUUAACCCCAUCAUCAUGGGUUUCUUCUGAGUUUCCUAAUAAACCUAACCCUAGCAUUGAGCCUAACCCAACUCAUCUUUCAUCCUCCUCUCCAUCAUCAUCAUGCAUAUCUAAUAACCUGUUGAAUUGUGCUCAUACGUCUCCACUUUAUAUCCCUUCUUUGACUUUGUCUUCUUCACUUACUCCAGCUUCUCCCAAUGGAGACAAGAAACCAAGAAGAGUAUCUCCCCAUCUUCUUCCUCUUUUGAUUCAUCAACGCUGUGAGGAAAUUAAGAUGAGUAAGAACAAAGCGAGUGGUUUAGGAGUUGAAGAAGUACGGGGUUGUGCAAUAGGGGAGGAACUCAAGUUUUUCAAGAGUAGUACUAGUGAGCAUAACAUCAAGCUGGAGUUGGGAAUAGGGUUGAUUAAACAACCAGAAAAGUUAGAUUUGGAGCUACGAUUGGGGCACUGCUAGCUAGCAAAGUGUAAUUUGUCAAACAAAUAUCUGUCUGAUCUGCAAGUCUGCAACUUCAAAUUUGAUUUAACUUCUUGCACCAGUAAUUCGUUAACCCAUUUAAGCUGCUUAUUAUUCUAUUAUGUAUUUGAAGAACCGACCUUAUAUUUUGUGAACUGAGCUCUUCUAAAUUUGGUUA